CAAUCGAGUGGCGAUUUCGAGAGCAAUAUAUUAUUGUCUUUGCACUCUCUAAGUGGCAAUGUGCAUUGUUUUGCUAAUCGUAUCGCACGACUCGCCAUGGAUACAGAGGAUACAGAAACUGUAGUUGAAAAUGGAACAGAGAUUGAAAGAGAAGAGAGAGAAACUGUAGUUGAAAAUGGAACAGAGAUUGAAAAAGAACAGAAUGAUGUUAAUAAAGAAAAAGAAAAGAGGAAGAUUGAGCCUCAUCCUUGUUACCAAUCAUUUAGGUUGGCGCUCAACCUUGUUAUAAACAUCUUGAUAUGCCUCACAGUGUUUGUGUGUUUGUUGUACGCGUGCAGCGGAGAAUUUGCCAUGUUUGAACUGCACAUCAUACUGAGUGUCCUCGGGUACCAAUUCGUGAUGUGCCAAGCGACACUGGUGGUAUCACGGUACAACAGCUGGUCGAUGCUGAUAAAGCGCCGGUAUAGAAAGCACAUCCACUGGGUGAUGCAGGUCAUCGCAGCCGUAAUGGUCCUCGCUGGCACGGUCCUCAUAGCACUCCAGAAGAGCACACACUUCGACACCACGCACGGACAACUUGCUUUGGCAGCGCUGCUCUGUUGCUUCCUAAGUUUGCUGAAUGGGAUCCUGACUAUAUUUGCUGCGAGAAUAUCCGAAAGUAUAAAUAUGUUGUGGGUCAGACUGUUCCAUUACUUCACUGGCGUCUUCACCUUGUUCCUGGCUGCUGGAAGUCUCUGUGAAGCCUUCAAGUAUGAUUUCUUUAGAACAUGGACGGGUAACGAAGUUUUUGUUCCAAUCCUCAUCUACAUAACCUGGAUAGUCACAGCAUUGGUGUCAUUGGACUUUUGGAUCUGGUGCGGAAUAAGGAUCCGUAAUCGGUUUUGAACGUUUGUUUCUUUCGUUUUUAAUUGGACUUUUGUACGUGACUUCUGUAUUUUUUUAAAUUAUGAUUUUUUCUUUGUUUGUGCAAAUAGUAUUGAAUUGAAUUAAAUGUGAAUUGUAAAUAAUUAAUUAUUAUGCUGACAUCCCUUUUGCGUGACGAGAGCCCAAAACUAUAUUAGAUUAGAUUUGUAUUUAUGGAUGUAAGGAAAGUUUUCCCUGUACGCAAAAACAACGGGAAUUUGAUUAAACUUGGCAAUAAUAGUGUAGCAUACCUGUAUAUGGAUGACAUAUUGAAGUGGGCAACUAGCUGUUAGUUGAUGUUGAUAGCUUUAAGGUAUUUUUUCCUGUUUCUGUUAUUGAAAGGAAGACUAGAGCUAAAAAAAGCUGAGCAGAAAGGAGAAGAUAGGUAGUUGUAAUAUGGAACAAACCAGUUGGCUUAGCGUAGGUAAUCUAAUUGUAGUGUUGAACAAGCAACGUUCAACAAGUGGGCUAUAUGACGUAAAUAUAAAUACACGUGUAAUUGAAUAGCGUUGAUCAGUCAAAGGACUGGCUGUUUGAUUGAACGGCCAUUUCAACCAGUCUACCUAGGCCUCUAUCAGCUAAGAAAAUUGGGCAACAAUAACCGUCGAAAAAACCAAAACUCAGAUCACCCAGUUACUAUUACGCCAUAGCUGUCGUCAAUGUCGAAGUAGGAUACAUUAGUAUCUGCCCAGUUAUCUCAAAUCGGAGAUAACGUACAACUGAUUGAACUGAUACCUUUGAGCGUUAGUAUUUGUGAGGAUCGGAACUGUGCAACUACGUUUAAGAUAAUUUGCGACGAAAAAUUAAGUAAAUAUGGUUCCACCCCCACCCCCGCCGCCACAACCAACGUCAUCUCGUAUGGAAGAAGGUGUAAGAUACGGAGGACCUGAAAAAUACCAAAUGUCAAGCUUCGUUGUAUGGAUAAACGUGUUAACUACUGUAACACAUUUCCUUCUGGGUGCAAUUGCUUUUACUGGUUUUCUUAUAGUAAAUCCCUUCUGGAAUGUGCCCAAGCUAUCGACGCACGUUUAUUUCGUAAUGAUAGGGUACAUGGUGCUGAUGAGCCAAGUGCUAUUAUCGUACAACCUCAACACUGGAUUCACAAAUAACUUGAGGUUCCCGCAGAAAAGGAUGUUUCACUGGGUCAUGCAAGUGAUUGGAGCAGGAAUUGCAUUCAUUGGGUGUUGUCUGGGACUAGCCGCAAAUGCUGAUGCAGAUAUUGAACAUCUAACAACUAAUCACGGAAUUAUUGGAUUCAUUGCCAUGUUGCUGACAGCCGUGAGCUUCGUGGGAGGAAUCAUGCAUAUAAUAAAAUGGGAGCAAAUGAGCAACAAGUUUUUCGAGGGGUUGUAUGUAUGCGUUUUUACUUUAACUCUCAUCUUCGCCCACUCUGCAUUCUGCAUUAGAAUAGCAGAUUUCGGCAAUGGGGUUAGUGAAGUAAUGGUAAUAUUUUUCUCUGUGAUCGCAUUAAUUUUGACGUUAAUAAUGACUUUCAUUGAUUUGUUGGUUCGCACGGGUUACUAUAUGUAGAUUUUAUUUAGUGUAGGAUAGGGUGUCAGUUCUGAAACAUGUACACUCGUGAGAAUCUAAAUUGUUGGAGAUAUGGUAAAAAUGUUUUAUGGCGUCUUAGUAUUGCACUUGGGCUCAAUUUCCACACGGCCUAUCAAGUUUUCUUAUUUUUGCUAUUUAUACCGUUCUUUGCGCUACGUUACUUCUACUAAGUAUGUCAUGUAUGAAAACAUAGCAGACCAAUUGUUUAUAGAUUCACCGAAGAAAGAUUUACCUUUGCGAACUUAACAAAUAAUAUUUUCAUAUUAUUUAAAUUACAUUUGACUUAUUUGCUGGUUCACUGCCCACGAGUGUACAUUUUCAGAAAAUUUAAUAGAAUAAUAAGAGAAUUUGCAUGCCCUGGUAAGUACUUUGUUUGUAUAUUUGUUCACAUGUUGAGUUACCUGCAGACAAAAUUUAUGUAUUUCGUGAAUAUAUAAAAAUGAUGUCAUCGGUAAAGCAAUUACCUAUAGCAAUAUUCCAUCACUAUCUACUACUUAAGUAGGUUGAUUCAUGGAAAAUGUUAAGAGUAUACUUUAACUUAAGGACAUAAUUUUCAUUUACUAAUGUAUCUAUAAAAUUAAUAAAUCAUUAAGUAAGUUACGAA